GCCCCACUCCACCACUACCCCGCGAUGCCCAUCCCGACGUCUAGCUCUCCAACACCAAUUGCACGUCAUACCCCCAUCUCCACCCUCAAUUCCUCAAUUCCCCAAUUCCCCAAUCACAGCCGCCUAAACCAAAAUGUCGACCACAAAGCUCUGGGGCGGCCGCUUCACCGGCGCAACGGACCCGCUCAUGACCGUGUACAACGAGUCGAUCCACUACGACCGGCACAUGCACACAGCGGACGUGCAGGGUUCGCAAGCGUACGCGAAGGCCUUGCACCUGCGCGGGAUCCUGACGGAGCACGAGCGCGACGAGCUGAUCCGGGGGCUGGACUUGGUGGAGGCGGAGUGGGUCGCUGACAAGUUCGUGAUCGUGCCGGGGGUGGACGAGGAUAUCCACACGGCCAACGAGCGCCGCCUCGGCGAGCUCAUUGGCACCCACAUCGCCGGGAAGCUCCACACCGGACGAUCCAGGAAUGAUCAAGUCGCCACUGAUAUGCGCAUCUGGCUUAGGGGGAAGCUGGAGGGGAUUGAGGAGGCCCUGACGGAUCUGCUGAAGGCCCAUGUGGGUAGGGCUGAGCAGGAUAUUAAUGUCCUCAUGCCCGGGUACACGCAUCUGCAGCGGGCCCAGCCCAUCAGGUGGAGUCACUGGGUCAUGGCGCAUGCGUUUGCGUUUGCGAGUGAUCUCGAGCGCCUGAGGCAGCUGUACAAGCGCGUAAACCAGUGUCCGCUGGGAUCCGGAGCGCUGGCGGGAAACCCGUUCGAGGUUGACCGCGAGUUCCUGGCUAAGGAGUUGGGGUUCGAGGGGGUGGUCGGCAACUCGCUGCUCGGUGUUGCGGACCGUGAUUUCGUCGUCGAGACGCUGCAGUGGGCGGCACUGGCCAUGAACCACAUCUCGAAGUGGGCUGAGGAUCUGAUCAUCUACUCGACCGCGGAGUUCGGCUUCGUCUCGCUGGCGGACGCGUACUCGACCGGCUCUUCGCUCAUGCCGCAGAAGAAGAACCCCGACUCGCUCGAGCUGCUGAGGGGCAAGAGCGGCCGCGUGUUCGGCCAGAUGGCCGGGUUCAUGUACACGCUUAAGGGCCUGCCGUCGACGUACAACAAGGACCUGCAGGAGGACAAGGAGCCGCUGUUCGACUGUGUGCGCACCGUCUCGGACUCCUUCCAGAUCGCCACGGGAGUGCUGUCGACGCUCCGCAUCAACGAGAAGAAGAUGCGCGACUCCCUGACCAUGGACAUGCUCGCCACUGAUCUUGCCGACUACCUCGUCCGCAAGGGCGUGCCGUUCCGCAAGACCCACCACAUCUCGGGCGAGGCCGUGCGGCUGGCCGAGGAGCGCGGUGUCUCCGGCAUCGACAAGCUUAGCCUCGAGGACUACAAGGGAUUGUGCGACGUCUUUGAGGAGGACAUGCACACGGAGGUGUUUGACUUUGAGAGGAGUGUCGAGAAGAGGGCGGCCAUUGGAGGGCCGGCUCGGCACCGAGUGUUGGAACAGAUCGAGAAGGUCAAGGCUGUGCUGAAGCAGUAGGCACGGCGGGAUUUCGGGGCGUUUUUCUUUUCUUUUCUUCUUCUUUCACCUCUCUCUUGUUUUAUGUAUUCGGGUUUCCUUUGUAGGAUCUGGUGGGGAGGGGUGGAAUAGACUGGUGCUCGUACAUACACACGGCUACAUCUCCAGUCCUCUGUAUGAGGUAUGUAGUUGAAGGCAAUGGCGCGGCACAGCCCUUUCCUACAUAGGGGAACCAACCCAACCGUUGGAGUCAACAUGACUGUGUUUGUGUUUGUGUGCAACGCCGCCUCCAGAAGACCAACCAGCCAAUCACUAGCUAGCCCCAGGGACCGCCUUAUCUCGUAUCGUUCAGGCGGGUGGCUAGGAGGAGGGGAAGUUGGAAGCGUUGGUAUCAGUUGGCAGAUCAGAAACAUUGGCAUCGGU